GUACUUCAAGUCACAAAGGACCUGAUGUUCAUUGCGUCAGGUCCAUCUCUCGAGAUCCAGAAGUCUACCCUGAGCGCGUUCAAGCCUCAACGUUGGAUUGACGACCAAGGUCGCCUGAGAGACGAUUUAAAAUUCUUUGUCUACGGGUUUGGUCGGCGUGCAUGCCCCGGCCAACAUGUCGCUAACAGAUCGGUAUUCAUCAACUCGCUCCUUAUUCUUUGAGCCUUCCGGCUUGCUCUGGAUCCUACGAAGCCGUUGUAUGACAUGGGGUACAUGAACGGAGAGAUGUCAAAGCGACCAUGCGCAAUUGAGUUUGAGGCAAAGAUUCCGG